CAUGUAAAACACACUCACACACGUGCGAACAUCUGAUGUAUCACCACACAUUCGCUGUCUCCUUUUCUCUGUCCUAUUAAAUUUUUUUUUAAUUAAACUCUUUUGACGAGAAUUGAUUCGUCGAAGACGCAGAUGACAAAACAAAUCGGAUCAGUGCGAAUACAAAUUGCUUCUUCUGUGAAUCACCUAGCGCAAACAGAAAGGCGUAUAGACUAUAAGCACAAUGUAACGAUGCGUCGUAUUAUAUACGCGCUCGUACAUACGAAGACGGUGUGUAAUGUAUGUAAUGUGUGUGUGUGUGUGUACGUACGUACGUACGUGUAUACAUAUAUACAAAAGCGGAACUAGUAACUGUUCGCGAUCCUACGCACUCCAUAAAUUGAAUCGGCGGUAAUCAAAUAAGGCGGAGGAGCGGCUGAUCGGAGCGCGCCGGACACUCGCGCACUCGCCUGUCGGUAGGCUACUUCCAAUUACAAGGAACACGACGAAGGCCUUCUUCUUUUCUUCUUACGUGACCGCAUCGUCGCUCUGCAAUUAGAUACGGUCGCGUCUUUUCGCCACAGUGCCGUCCUGCUGUGCAUUGUGCGCUCCGUUCCUUUCGGCCGUUCGUGACCGUCUCGCUGUGGCCGUCGUCAUCGCGCGACAACAACACGUCGAGUCGGUGCGCUCUCUUUGUAAGAAUCUUUGUGAAGAAUUUCCCAUACGUCGACGUGAGAAUGAUUGUUUUCACGUAUUAUCAUCGACGCGACUGACAACGAGAAAUCGGAUCUCCGAAACAUUUGUAAUCGGGGCUUCUCUUUUCGUUCUUCGAAAAACCGGAUAAGAACGGAGCGCUGGACGAGGAUGUUACUUUCCUGAUACGGUCACGGAGCUGCGUCGGUGGAUCGUCCGUUACAGUCUCGAGCGAGAGCAAGCGAAACGGAGAGCAAGAGAAAAACGAAGACAGAAGUACAGGACGCAUUUCGAAAGCGACUGUCAGUGAUUGUCGGCGAGACACCUUUCCAGAAAUAAUGCCACGAUGUCACACUAUAGUAGAAAUACCUGCAAUCAGAGGACUGCGGUGAUUGAUCAUGAGAAACAAUUUCAAGAGGACUUGGAACGGGCUCAGGCUCUCAGCUUGGAAAGUUUGGCUCUAGAAAAAUUUAGAUUGCAAAAAUUACAAUCUGAAUUUAGCACUGUGCAGCAAGUUGCGCAGAACAAUGUGUGCAAUACAAACAGCGCGGCAUCAGAAACAAAUGGAUCCCAGGGAGAAAGAUUUCAAGGCAGAAGUCGACCAAGACCAGGAUGUAUUAACACAAAUCAAAAGAACAACAUAAUAUUGGCGCCACCGCCUCCAAUACCAUGUAGAAGAAACUCCACAACUACCGCAGCAACUCGAGAUUCUUCUACUGAUCUAAUAAAUUUCACAAGUCCCGUGAAGCAAGAUGAUCUUGUGGAAUAUUGUUCAGCUCCACCUCCACCACCUCCAAAAGCACCGGUAGAACCUAAAUGGGACACCCAUCCGUCUCUAAUGAAGAAACAGCCAAGAGUGUCUCGAAGCAAUAGCUCAGUAGGUGCGUCGUAUCAUUCCAGGGAUUUCAGAUAUCAUUCUCUUUCGCCAGGUCCACGAGCCUCCACCGCACCAUGUACACCAGGAACACCGAAAAUUAGUCCUGUUAUGUCAAGAGCUAGUAGUGUUAGCAACAAUGUACCUGAUAUUGCACCACAGAUUCCUCCCUUGCCUAUGAACUAUAGACCGACCGUUGCACCUGCCGUGAGUGGUCCGUCAAUAUCGUCAUUCUGCAUGGAUGACGAACAACUGAAUAUACUGAAAGUGAUGGAAAAAAAACCAAAUAGCAAUCUUAUAGAUUUGAAUAGCUCCGAUCAAGUGGAUGACAAAACGAAUGUUCGCGUUAGCGUAUUGGAAGCGUUUGAUCCACUGCUUAUCAAGACUGGAAGCGAUUCCACGCAAGAACAAAAAAAUGAUACGCAAUCGCAAGUUAGCGGCAGUGUAUACGAUCCGUUCGAUCCGUUUGAUUACAUGUACAGCACAAAUGAAAGCGUUAAUUCCGAUCCGGUUUAUGCUGCUGUGGAAAAGUCGGCGAAGUCGCCAGCUGUGUCACCAGCCGCACCACCUCCGCUGCCUCCGCGAAAUUCAUCCGCAUGGAAUACCAUAGAAAGACGAAAGACCUCUUUAGAUCGCCGACAAAAACGACAAACACGGUUGUAUGAAAAUGUAACAGUCAAAAAAACUAGAUCGUCGUUGCACGACUGUGAUCUGAAGGCAUUUCACGAAAUGAUCAAGUCCAUACGACACGAAUUUCCAUUCAAUAAUCCCAAUACGAAUAUCGGAUACGUUGUCAGUCCGAUGAUGGAGAAUUUGUAUCCCGACGGCACAAGUAUAAAAUUAGUAGUUUAUCCGCAAUUACCUAACGACAAAGAUGUUCCUUCUAUUUCUUUCACUUGCAACGUGAAUUGUAGCGUCGAGCACGUUAUCUUGAACGUUGCCUGUUCUCUAGAGGAUGAAGAUACGGUGAACGUAGAAAAAUAUUGUUUGAGAGUGUGGGGACUUGCUGAAUAUCUUGCGCCUAACACAACCUUGGCACAGUACGAAUACGUACAUCAGUGCAUUAAGUUAGAGAAGGACAUCGAAUUAGCUAUAAUAAACAGAGCACAAAUUAAACAAUCCAUUUCUCGAACACUGCAAGAUGAUAAUCGCGAUCAGUGUUUAAGAUUGGAGGAUAUCUUACCGAACGAACCCGCACAUCCUAUUUCGUACGACACCUUACUCAUUUUACUAGAAACCGUUGAAAAAGAAAUGGAACGCGUGGAGAGCGCAGCGCAACAAUUGGCCACUACAAAUCAGGGUUCUGUUCUGCUACCUCAGCUUCAGCCGCACGGCGUGGUACAGGCAGUGAAAGCGGUGUGUGCCUUAAUGGGAAGCAUCGAGACCUUCGAGAUCACGGAAGCCAUCGACAACUUCGUGAACGCUUGUUGCAAGUUUCUGCCGCAAGCUCACACAACCAACAUAGAGUGCAAAAAACCCGAGAUCAUACACGAGGACGGCGAUUACGCCGUGGUCACUCUGAGAAAGAAGUUUCCCGACGUGAUCUCUUCUCAUUGCAACAAAAUCCGCGACGCUAUUCAGGAACUCGUCGAGAUGUACUGCCACGCGUUCAGAGUCGACUUCCAACUGAGCAGCAAAGGAGAAUUUUCGACAAAUACGCUAAUAUCGUCAGAAGUAAUCGACACUAUUUUGGUACGCGUUGGAUCUCUGCACAGACUACCGACAAUGUGGAAGCACGACGAUUACAUAGUGGCAGCUCAAAUCUUUCACGGUACCAGACCGGUGGGACACACAGUCGUCUCGGAACCCAUGACAGUGAGCUCGAACCUUUAUCCGAGAAUUCUCUUCAAUUCGUGGUUGGAAUUUCACGGAACAAGUGUGUGUCAAUUGCCGAGAGAAGCCAGACUUGUGUUAGUUCUUUACGGUCGUACCUUGCAACCAGCCGAGCACGAAUCAAACUCGUCCUCAGAGAACGCGAUGCAAAAAGAAGAACUCGGAUGGGGAGCUAUACAGUUCUUCAAUUACGAUGGCGUUAUGAGCCAAGGCAGUUUUUUUCUGUCUCUUUGGCCGGCCAUCGCAGACAAAAGAUUAGGUCCGGCGCCGGCGCCUGGAAUUCAUCCGCGCGGUGACACUCAUCCUAUCAUAGGAUUAGAAUUACCUGAUUAUGGUGGAAAGGUGUUGUUUCCCACCGAGUCUCGGGAUUACGAUAUGGAAUUGCGAGACUACGACAUGGACUCGCUGGACUUCAGUUCCUUAGAUCAAUAUACGCAAGAAUUGUUAAUAGACAUUACGCAGCAAGACACGUUCUCGAGACCGCCCAUCGAGGAGAGAGAAAUUUUGUGGGAGAAAAGGCACUACUUGCACGACAGGCCUGAAGCUUUACCUAAAGUAUUAUUAGCUGCUCACAGUUGGGACUGGGCGUGUUUACCGGAUUUACACGCGUCGCUCAGAGUUUGGUGUCCCCUGCCUCCGGUACAAGCUCUGCAAUUACUCUUGCCAUGUUUCCCGGACAUGAAAGUCAGAGAGAAAGCAGUCGAGUGGAUUCGCGAGCUCAGUAAUGACGAACUUAUCGAUUAUUUGCCGCAACUUCUACAAGCGAUGAAACAUGAGACGUACGAAGCUUCACCUCUGACUCGUUUCCUACUAGAGCGUGCCUUACUUUCACCGAGAGUGGCCCAUCAUAUUUACUGGCUGUUGACUCAAGCGCUGCCGGGACAGAGUCCCCAGGUACAGAAUUCUUCGGAAAUUGCCGCGGAAGAUGACAAAGCUAUCAGCUGUGCUCGUUAUCAUCGAAGAUUACAAUUAAUGCUAAGAGCAUUGUUGGCAGUGAUUGGAGACGCGUUGAGAAAAAGUUUCCUCACUCAACAAUUGCUAGUUAAAAAUCUGCACGAGGUGGCCGAAAGUGUCAAAGUCACGAAAGAAUCGUUACGGAUGGAAACCCUCAAAAGUGCUUUACAAAAUAUACACUGCCAGCUGAUGGAGGACAACGGUACGUGUCUGCCGUUGUCUCCCAGUAAACUGGUGUUCGGCAUCAAUGUACAAACUUGUUCUUACUUCCCGUCGUUCACUCUCCCGUUGAAAAUUAACUUCAUCAGCUGCGACAACGUUAUAUGUCCGGCGAUCUUCAAGGUUGGUGAUGACUUGCAGCAGGAUAUGUUGACUCUUCAAAUGGUACGCAUUAUGGACAAACUCUGGUUGAAGGAAGGUCUUGACUUAAAAAUGGUUACCUUCGCCUGUGUGCCAACCGGACACAAACGCGGAAUGAUAGAAAUGGUCACGAACGCCGAGACGUUGCGAAAGAUCCAAGUCGAGUUUGGACUGACCGGGUCAUUUAAAGACCGACCGAUCGCAGAAUGGUUGCAGAAGCACAAUCCGUCGGAGCUUGAGUACGAGAGAGCGGUUGAAAAUUUCACCGCGUCUUGCGCCGGUUACAGCGUAGCCACUUACAUCCUAGGUAUUUGUGACAGGCACAACGAUAACAUUAUGUUGAAAACAUCCGGUCAUUUGUUUCAUAUCGACUUCGGAAAAUUCCUGGGUGACGCACAAAUGUUUGGAAACUUUAAGAGGGACAGAACGCCAUUUGUCUUGACGUCGGAUAUGGCGUAUGUUAUAAACGGUGGAGAUAAACCAUCGGCGAAGUUUCACUAUUUCGUGGAUUUGUGCUGCCAAGCGUUUAACAUAGUGCGAAAACAUGGAAAUCUCAUUCUUCAUCUGUUUGGAUUGAUGACCUCGUCCGGUAUUCCUGGAGUGACCAUGGACGCGGUCAGUUACGUACAGAAGGCUCUGCUUCCCGGACAAACGAAUCCCGAAGCGGCGGCUACCUUCGCCCGCAUGAUCGAAAGCUCGCUGAAGAGUUGGUUCACGCAGUUCAAUUUCUUUCUGCACAAUCUGGCGCAGCUCAGAUUUUCCGGGGACCACAGCGACGGGGAACUGUUGUCCUUCAUUCCGCGCACAUACACAAUGCAACAGGAAGGUCAGUUAACGAGCGUGCAGGUUUACGGAUAUCAAAAGCGUUACGAUCCGGAAAAGUAUUACAUGUACAUCUUACGGGUGCAGCGAAAAGGCCAAGCGGAUCCGACGUAUCUGUUCCGAACUUACAAAGAGUUUUGCGAGUUCUAUCAGAAAUUGUGCAUACUCUUCCCACUCGCUAAAGUAGCCAGUUUACCGAGCGGCAUAAGCGUGGGACGCUCCAACAUCAAACAGGUGGCCGAUAAACGGCGCUCGGACAUAGAGAAGUUCCUUGUGAGUCUGUUUAAGAUGGCAUCGGAGAUAUCCCAGAGCGAUCUCGUGUACACUUUCUUCCAUCCGCUGUUACGCGAUCAGCAAAAUCCCGAUAUUCAUCUACGUAAAGUCAAAGUUGGAAAUAAUUGGUGGGCCGAGAAAAGAGUCAGAGAGAACGUACAGAGUGGUCAGAUCAAGUUGUCUCUUCAUUAUACCCGCGGCACUCUGUCUGUCAUGGUUUGUCACGCCCGAGCACUGCCUAAGGUGGCCAACGCUCAAGAGCCUAAUACAUACGUGAAGGUGUAUCUCAAACCUGACCCCACAAAGGCAACAAAACGGAAGACAAAAGUGAUAAAGAAGAAUUGUCAUCCGUCAUUCAUGGAGAUGUUGGAGUACAGAAUGCCGUUGGAAGUUAUCAAAGAGAGAACGCUCGAAGCGACAAUAUGGAAUCACGAUACCUUACAGGAGAAUGAAUUUCUAGGUGGUAUAAGUUUACCGCUCGGACGGCUCGACUUGACGAACGAAACCAGCGAAUGGUUCCCAUUAGGUAGUGUACGGUAAAACGAUUAACAAAGACUGCCUUGAAACAUAAAGUCUCUCAAUGCUCAUAGAUAUAUUACUAAGAUACAUAGGGAACGUAAUGCUAGCGCACAAUAUCAAAGCUUCUUCAUUCUGCACAAUUCAAGUGCAAUAAUUAUCGCUUGUUCUCUCUCACGGCAUAUAAAAGUCUAAUAUUUUAUUUAUAUAGUUUUUAUGCAUCUCUAGUAGUUCAAUUUUUUUUUCUUUUUUUCUACGAAUUUCAAUAUAUGAUAAGCACUUAAACCUAUUGUGAUAUCAAACGAAAUAAAAGUACAUGUAGAAAGAGAGUCAACUUCAGCAGAAAUAGAUAAAGAGAUUAACGGUAUACACGAUUAUCUAAAAAAAAAAAAAAAAAAAAGACGCCUAUGUACAGCAAUCUGCAUAACGGUAAAUAGUAGAAAAAAGAUACGCAAAUAUGCUACAAAAUUUUUAAAUUAUAUACAUAUAUUUGUGUAUAUUUUUUAACAGUGUUAAAAUAUUGAAAAAAUUUCAACACACAACUUCGAUGGAUUUAUAAAUUGGAAGUUAACUCUUUUAUAUAAAUUUUGUACACUUUAUAAUUUAUUUAUAUCACACGUUUUAUCGUCUAUUGACCACAAAAAUUGUAUAUAUAGAUUGAAUGUAUUUUAUAAUCAUAUGUAUAUGUGCGCGGUAAAAACGAAAUUUAUUUUUAAUCGACCGUCUCACUCUCAUCUAUAGAGCAAUUUCUGAUUCGAAAACAGAACUGUGCAGUUUCUUAUCAUAUAUAUAUAUAUCUACUUACAAAAAAAAAAAAAAAAA